AGGCUCAGUAAUGACUGGCAUGAAUUGCAGUUCACCUUUGCAAUAAAAGGAGAUUCUUUUUCGUUGCUGGAUAUUAUCUUUUCACUGCCAACCAUGGGCUUUACGAGUGCGUGGAUCGUUCUUGCGGCUCUGGGUGGAAUUGUCAGCAUCCCUCGAGGAAUACACGGAGCGUGUCUUUAUCAGGGGACCCUGUUUGAGAAUAAUUCAUCCUGGAAGCCAGACUCCUGCCACGACUGCAGCUGCCUUGGUGAUAUUGUGGUCUGCACGACCACCCGUUGCCCUAAGCCGCAGUGUGACUUCCAGAAGGGAGAGUGGUUGAGAAUAACUCCCGGCAAAUGCUGUCCUGAAUGUGUCCCACAAUCCCAGUUCUCCUGCCUUCAUGAAGGAAAGACCUAUGGGCCUGACAGCCAAUGGCAUGGCUCCAACUGCUCAGUCUGCACCUGCUUGCGGGGAAGAGUGUCCUGCACCCCCCGGCCCUGUGCCACCGUCCACUGCAGGAGGGAUGAGAGACCCGUCAUUAAUUUCGGAGAGUGCUGUGCCAAGUGCGAGCAGGAUGGGAACAGCUGUUUCCUGAACGCGUCCUCGGCUGACCCAUGA